AUGGGCAUUUCCGCCUGUGGAGGCACCGAGUUGUCAGUUCAAAUCUCAGGUGGACGCUUUCCCAUCGAAGAUGGUGCAAGCAGAUUAAGGCACAAUUUCUAUGACUACUUUAACGACGAACAUCUUGGUCCACAGUCCAAUCUCGUUUCGCUCACACUUUACGUCAACGGAACAGCAAUCAACAUGUCCAACACAUCCUCAUCUUUCGUGAUCACCCUUAAGAAGGAUGAAAGUGUCAGUAGCAGCAUUCCAAAUCCCAGCAUUGGCACCGAGGAGCAGCACUUGACACUACCUGAUCCAGUAGUGGCUGUGGAUGGCUCACUGGUCUAUCAGCCACUCAUCCUUCACGGAUUUGAUGUUGGCAACACGGAGAACACUUUUGUGUUCCAACUUCAUCCCACUGACAUUGGCGCGUGCCCGCAAUACUUGGUGGCUGUCAGGUUUGUCAUUCCACCGAACCUGCGAUUUGACGACGGACUUGGUCGUUAUCUGUGGUCAAUGAUUCCUUCCUCCACGACGAAGUGCAAACCAAAUGGGAAUGGUGAGGAGGUACUGCUGAACUACGCCUACUACAUCGACAGAGAGGUGCUUGUUGAACUGAAAGCUGAGGCACUGAAGCAUACAGCACACAUGAAGCUGAGGGCGGAAGAGCUGAGUGUCCUCUACAUUGGCUAUCGACAGCUCACUACCAAGGAGUUGGACCGAUACAACAGUGAGAACCCACCUCCAGUGCCUUACCCCUACACCGAUCAGAUCAAUAACACAGCCCGUGUGUCGGCUUUCAUGCCCUCGUGUCUCCACAUCUCUCCUGGUGGUGCCGAAUGGCGGAAAGAUGGAUGCAAGGUGUGUCUUACCCUCAUCGAAUCUGGAUGA